ACAGGCAUCAAACCAGCUGAACGACGUGGGCGUCCAGAUCCCUCGAUCAGGCCUUGUGACGAAUCUCCCUCUCCCACCUCUGAAAGGAAUGCCUGCCUUCCCUUGGUGACCUAUUUUACACCUUCGCUGUCAUGCGUUGGCAGUCAUGGCUUCCGGUCGCGCUUUGGGCCGGGAAUGCCUUUGCUAGUGUUCGCGACUAUCAGAAGAACGACUAUUUUGCUGUCCACCUAGAUCCAGCGACAAUCCCGCAAGACAUUGUCCAUCGAUUUAGUGUUCAACAUGAAGGCCAAAUUGGAGAAUUGAGCCACCAUCAUACAUUCUCCUGCCCAAAAGAUUCGUGUCCAGAUUUUGAAGAUGCCCUACAAGAGUUGAAGAGACGGAAGAGGCGUAGGCGGCAAGCCAUUGAUUUGGAUGAGCCACAAGCGUCACGGAGAGAAGUAGCUGCAAAUUUGGCUGGCAUACUCUGGUCGGAAAAGCAGCAGCUAAGGCAUCGACAUGUCAAACGAAUCCCACCACCGCCAAUUUCGGACAUUGACACGAGGCAGGAGUCGAAGGACGACCAAGACAGCGAGGCGGAGCAGCAAGAAGCCAUAGUACGUCUAAACACCAUCGCAGAGACAUUGGACAUCAAAGACCCGAUCUUCAAGGAACAAUGGCAUUUGUUCAAUCCCAUCCAAUUAGGACACGACCUGAACGUGACUGGAGUGUGGCUGGAAGGAAUUACAGGCAACGGCACUGUUUCUGCAGUCAUUGAUGACGGGCUUGAUAUGGACAGCAAUGACCUCAAAGACAAUUACUUCGCGCCCGGCUCCUUCGACUUCAAUGACAAAGGUCCUAAUCCACGGCCUAGGCUUUUCGACGACAAACAUGGCACCCGAUGCGCUGGGGAAAUUGGAGCAGUCAGAAAUGAUGUUUGUGGCGUAGGAAUGGCUUACGACAGCAAAGUCGCCGGCAUUCGGAUUCUUUCCAAGCCCAUCACUGACGAGGAUGAGGCAUCGUCUAUAAACUAUCACUACCAGGAAAACCAUAUAUACUCGUGUUCAUGGGGUCCACCGGAUGACGGCAAGACCAUGGAGGCUCCUGGUUUACUCAUCAAACGCGCCAUGGUCAAUGGAGUUCAAAGCGGAAGGAGUGGUCUCGGUUCCGUCUUCGUGUUUGCGGCCGGUAACGGAGCUGCCAGUGAGGACAACUGCAACUUUGACGGUUACACCAAUAGCAUCUACAGCAUUACAGUCGGCGGUAUUGACAGGGCUGGCAAUCACCCGUAUUACUCAGAGGCAUGCUCUGCGCAGCUUGUCGUAACCUACAGCUCUGGCGCUCAAGAUGCCAUUCAUACAACCGACGUCGGCGUCGAUAAAUGCUAUACCGGCCAUGGUGGUACCUCAGCCGCUGGUCCGCUUGUUGUUGGUACUGUUGCCCUCGCGCUCAGUGCUAGGCCCGAUCUUACUUGGAGAGAUGUUCAAUAUCUCUGUGUAGAUACAGCGAUUCCCAUUCAUCUGGACGAUGACAGUUGGCAGGAUACCACAAUCGGCAAGAAAUUCAGUCACACUUACGGUUAUGGUAAAGUCGAUGCAUAUCGCUUCGUGGAAGCUGCGAAGUCUUUCCAGUCGGUCAAAGCUCAAGCCUGGUAUCACUCGCCGUGGCUCAAUGUUCAGCAUAAGAUUCCCGAAGGCGAUAAAGGACUUGUCGCGAGUUUCACUAUCACCCAGGAUAUGCUGACCAAGGCCAACUUGGAAAGGCUCGAACAUGUCACCGUGACAAUGAACGUCGAGCAUGGUCGGAGGGGAGACUUGAGUGCCGACUUGAUCAGUCCAAGUGGCGUUGUCAGUCAUAUUGCCACAACUCGCCGCGUGGAUAAUGCCGCAAGUGGUUACGAUGACUGGACUUUCAUGUCUGUUGCACAUUGGGGAGAGUCUGGUACUGGAAAGUGGACCGUGAUUGUCAAGGAUACCAACGACAACGAAUUCAAUGGAACAUUUAUCGACUGGCGACUUAAUCUGUGGGGCGAGAGUAUCAAUGAUCAAAUCCAAGCCCUACACCCACUUCCAGAUGAGCAUGAUGACGAUCAUGAAACAGCAUCGGCAGUGGUCAGCACGACCAGCGUAGAUGCGGGAAGGCCAAGCACUUCACUGCCAGCGAAGCCAACGGACCACAUUGAUCGACCGACGAAACCCAAGCCUAGUGAUGAUACCAGUAUAGAUGCGUCGGCCACUGUCACCACCACAUCUAGCACAUCAUUACCAGCUGCUACAACUACAGUAUCUGGGGCAUCUACAACAUCCCCAUCGGCAUCCACAACAUCCCCAUCAGCACCUACAACAUCCCCAUCGGCAUCCACAGAACCAACCCAUACCUAUUCUGACAGCUUUCUUCCCUCAUUCUUCCCCACAUUUGGUGUUUCAAAACGGACGCAGAUUUGGAUAUAUGGCUCGAUUGGCUUGAUGAUUGUUUUCUGCGCUGGCCUUGGGACAUAUUUCGUGGUUCAGCGACGAAAGAGACUCAGGAACGACCCACGAGACUUGUACGAGUUCGAGAUGGUCGGCGAUGCAGACGAUGAUGAACAGCAAGGCCUCAAUUCCCGAGGCGGGCGUGGCAAAGGUCGGGCUCGGCGAGGAGGAGAACUCUACGAUGCAUUUGCUGGCGAGAGCGAGGACGAUUUAUACAGCGAUGAAGAGACUUAUCAAGACACCCCUAGUGCUGACACAAGCACAGGGUCAAGGAGGAGCAGCCCUGAAGGAGAAAAAUAGAGAAACCCUUGUUUGAUUAGAGUCAUAGGAU